AUGGGUUCAAAGUACAAGGAGUUACAAGAGGAUGAAAAGAUAGCAAUUCAAUCUAUUUUCGAGGAGGCUGUCUUUGAAAAAAAUGCUUGGAAUGUCUGGAAGCCUAUUGCAGUAAAAAUUCAUUUAUUACCAACCCAAUCUGACAGCCGGUCAAAAAGUAAUGAUCAAGUUUCAUUAACAUUAACUGUCUCCUGUGGAGAACGUUAUCCUGAUCAAUUACCAACUAUAUGCUUAGAAGAUACUCGGGGGAUUAUUGAUAGCGACGUGAUUGAGUUGAAAAAAAAAUUGACGGAGAAAAUGCAAGAGCUAAUAGGACAGUGUAUGAUUUUAGAACUUUGUGAUUUGGUCCGUGUAUUUUUGUAUGAAAAAAAUGUUCCUGUUGCUUAUUGUCAUGAGAACAUGGUCAAACAGAAAGCUCUAGAGGCUUCUAAUGAAAAUCGCUGUAGAGCUAACAGUGAAAAACGAGAGUUUGAAACUAUCGCAGAGGAACGUGAGUUGAAAAUGUCUGAACUAGAUUGGAGUAAAGAUGUAGGAGUGGACUGCUCGAAUUUGGAAGUUCGGUUGAUUGGGCUCCAUAGUGUAUAUGUUAAAACUAACAAGGAAGUACGGCCCUCAUUACACAACAAUUGCGAAGAAUGGCGAGGUGUUUUCCAAGGCACUGAUAUACUGGUCUCCGAAUGGACUUUUCAUCAUACUAGGAAAAAAACUCCUCACUCUGUAUGUAAGCAACUGGAUGUAGAUGAAUGUAACAAACUGAUUACUGAAAUCGAAGAUCAUCUACGAAGCUAUCGUAUAGUUUUGGGAAAUGAACAAUCAAUAGUUCCUAUUGUUUUUGCUGAAUUGGAGAAGAGAGCAGUCGAGAAGAAUAGCAUUCAUUUCAAAGUUUAUAUUGGCCAGAAAAUUGGUCUCAACGAUGUGGUUUUAUCAAAUUAUCAGUUCAAGAAAAACCCGUCUCUCACUAUAAAAGAACUGUCUGCUCACGCUGUCUUGGCUCUACGUUUUCUGCAUAACAGGCAGAUAUCACAUGGAUCACUUUCUUCAAGCUCAGUGUGGUAUUCAAACGAUUUUUUCGUUUUCUCAGAUGCCGUGCUUCUGUCAUUAAUGUGCUGGGCUACUAACAGUUUCUCACAACUAUGUUCCGAAUGUACUUCAUGGAAUUCUUUUGUCAAUGGCGACUCUGCUCUUCGUAAAAAAGAUUUGUGUUCUCUUGCAAGUCUCAUUGAUAGCUUGCGGACAAAAUAUUCCUCUCAACUCUCAUUAUGUCCUUACAAAGAAUAUUUGGAUGAUUUCAUUAACUCGUGCCAAACGGCUAAAUCUAUGGAUGAAUUAUUAGAGCACCAGUUUCUGAUGCUGAAUAUGGUUACAAAUACUGGUUCUUUUCCUCAAAUCAACUUGACAGCGUCAGAUGUGAAGAAAAGUAGAAUGGUGAAAGAUUUUAUAAGUCUACGAAUGUUGGGUAAAGGAGGCUUCGGGCAGGUUAUGCUGGCAAAAAACAAACUUGAUAGUAGCAACUAUGCAAUUAAAAUCAUACCUCUUUAUCCGAAGAACAAAAAGCUUAACAAAAAAAUUGCAAAAGAAGCAGAGCUUUUCUCACAGCUUAACCAUCCCAACGUUGUGAGAUAUUACAAUUCAUGGAUCGAAGAAGUAAAUACUGUUUCACCAAGCUCUUCAGCGUCGUCAGCUCAGACGAAUUUCAUAGACUCGGAGGAUUCAAUCCUACCAAGCAAACUUCAAAACAUCGAAAAUCGCUGUUUAUCUCUGCAUGCAGACACUGUUGAGUGGUCUACUUCUUUCAGACAUACUAAUGAGGAUCAUGUUGACUCGAGUAGCGAGGAUGACGAAAGUGUUGAUGAUCAUAUGAACAAUCGGAGAAAUGCGUUGUCCGAGAGUGCGGAAGAUUCGUUUAUUUUAUUUGAAAACUCACAAAAAAGUAAAAGUUAUUCCUGUGGCAAGCCAGAAGAAAGUUCUCAAUCGGAGUCAGAUUCCGUGGAGGUACAUGCCAUUCAACUGCUAUAUAUUCAAAUGGAAUAUUGCGAGAAAUCAACACUUCGCGGAGUAAUUGAUAGAAAAGAGCUUCAUACAUUUCCUCGAAAAGUUUGGAAAUUGUUCAGCGAUAUGCUGAAAGGAAUACAGUAUAUUCAUGACAAGCAAAUGAUUCAUCGAGAUAUCACACCAUCUAAUGUUCUUAUCGACGCUGCUGGACAAGGAAAAAUUGGAGAUUUUGGACUUGCUACUCACUUACUACAGAAAGAUAGCGAUGGCCGUGAGAUUUCUGCUGAGAACUAUCCUCAUCUAGCUACUCAAACAAGAGAUAUUGGAACAGAACUUUAUAUGGCUCCGGAACUUUUUGUCGUAGGCUCUUCCAAACAGUACGACUCCAAAAUUGAUGUGUACAGUUGUGGAGUUGUAUUGUUCGAAAUGUUCUACCGUCCUUUACCGCCUGGGCAGGACCGAUUAGUUACAAUAGGGAAUUUGAAAAAAAGUGGUAAAGUUCCAGCAGAUUUUAGCGUUGGGUAUCCAGCUCCUCAGGCCAACCUGGCUCGUAAAUUCAUAGAAUCUAUGCUACAGUUGGAAGCGGAAGCUCGACCAACUAUUCAAGAACUCAUAUCGAAUGAUGAAAGGCCUAUCGUCGAAAUUAACGAUGACAAUUUCCAACACACCUUUAAAAAUAUAAUGAAAAAAAGAAAUGGAAGGAUGCAUAAUUGGUUGAUGGAUACCUUAUUUGAUUACCAUGAUUUACCAGCCAAAAACUAUUACUAUGAUAAUGAGUUGUGCAACGAGAAGGCUUCGAAAAAUUUGGAUGUGAAUAUGCAUUUGGUAAAAAACGAAUUGGCUGAAAUACUAUCUCUGAGAUGUUUCCAACCAUUCAACAACCAUCUACUUAGCCCUGACAGUUCUAUUUCUGACAAAUCGGAGCUCAGACCGAAACUUGUAAAACUUAUUGACCAGACGGGGUUCACCGUCAAUCUUCCGGUUGACUUGAAAUAUAACUUUGUAAGAUACUGCGCCAGGAAUUCGAUCAAGAGGUUUAAACGGUUUACUUUCGAUCGAGUUUUCACAAAACAAGAAAUUAUAGAUUGUCAUCCAAGUGAACGUUGGGAUUGUAGUGUCGACUGCAUUGGCCACGAGUGCGCUUCCUCAACUCUUUCCGUAGAGAUUAUGUGUUGUAUAAAUGACAUCUGUAACGAAUUUCUGAAGGAUAUUAAUAAUUCUUCAAUGAGGGUUGGCGAUUGUCGUCUGAUCAAGGCAGCUCUGAAUCAUCUUACAGUGAAAGAAGAUAAAAAAGCGGACAUUUUGUUGGCGCUUCAUAAACUGUAUACUUCCCAGAAACCUAUUACUAAUCAGACAAGGAUUGAUGUGGUGAGCGCUAUUCUUGGACCCAAAGUUGCUACUUCGUUCAUGUCCCAUUUGCCCAUGGAGAAUUCGUUUCUAGCUUUCAAGGAAGGCUGCAAAAGUCUGCUCAACUCAAAAAAUGCUGACGUCCGAACCAGUGCUAUGGAAGCUGUCAAUGAUUUAGAAAAUCUUUUUGAAAGUUUGCAUUCAAUUCCCCUUUUCGACUCCGAAAAGCCUGCAAUAAUAUUUGAUGCGGCAACAACAUACCGUCCAACAAUUUUCCAGGAUGGUCUUGUUUUCAUUUUAUAUUGUGAACAAUAUAGCAAAAAAACGCACUUUUCUUCUGUGGCUGUAGCUGGAGGUCGUUAUGAUUCGAUGCUUGAGAGAAUCAGGCAAUCCAAGGAUCUACCUCCUCCACACCCUCUCUGUCUGAUUGGUUGCGCAAUAUCUUUGAACACCUUAGCGGCUGUGAAACGUUAUGAACCCAAUGAAUUUACGACUGUUAUCUGUUCGUUCAACUCUGAGUUCUCACGUGAAAAGUUCAAGCUGGCUAAGAUGUGCAGAGAAUGUGGUAUUCCUGUUGAUAUUUUUCAUCAUCCUAUUGAGUGCAUGGAUUCUCUCUACAAUUAUCUUCGAGAAAAACAUAUCCAAAAUGCCUUGAUAGUGUUUGGACCCGAUGAAGCUCUUGUUAUACGUGGAUCUCAAGACCAUGGCAAACAAGGCUUGCAGUUAGCGGUCAAUUUGUUAACUUCUACAAUUCCGAACUCUGAAAUUGGGAGAUCUGAGAGGAACAUAACGUUAACUGCGAAGGAUUCGAAAAUAGCUUCGCUGGCCAACUGUAAUUUUUCUUUUGCCGAUUCUGUAAAAAUGCAUACCAAAGAUAAGAGAAGAGUUGAGAACAAAGUGAAGAAUAAGCUUGCAACAGUGAUAUCAAUGUUCGCGAACUCGUGUAGAAUCGAAGUUUGUAUAAACUCAUUAUCAAGUGAAAUGGUGAACUUGAUUUCUGCUGCUUUGAAGAAGUCUACGGAACUCUCAACGAUGAAGUCACUAUUCGAAGCUUGGGGUAAACAGUUCGGGAAAUUUAAGCAAGAUCUGGAGAGCGUGUACAAGUUCUGCAAUGAAGUUUAUAGUAAUAUUGAUAGUAAGACAGUUAUCAUCUUAUACAGUCAUAUCGAUGAUCAUUAUAAAGUGCUGAUUUAG